GUUCUUGGUCGGCUCGCCUCCGCGAUUUACUUUCGACUUGGAAUCCCCAAGCCUAUUGCUGCUAUUGAACAUGAAUCUAAUGAUUUACCUACUCUAGUGCUUAGUGCUCAGCCACUGGGCCUAAACAGUGGCAUAUGCGUCCACCAUCUGCCUCCUUUGGGUAUCCGUCUUCGGCGAUUGUCCUGUGCCAACGUAUUCCUGCUGCUAGGUCUCCACUCAACACGAGGAUGGAUCAUGGAUCACCAGAUGGGCCAUGUUUUCAUGCAGCAAAAUGUAGUGGAAGCAUCCAAGCUUCCCGAAGUGCGUUCAAAGGCCUAUACCCUGUUCCUCAGAUUAUUGUAUGCCCACACGGUGGUAAUGACAGGACCCACCUGGCUUGCAUCAUCUAUACCUAGUCGCUGCUCAUUCUCACGGCUAUCUUCGCAGUAC